AUGGAGGAUAAACAAUUUGUAUAAAAAUACCUUAUAUUGUUUUAUAGAGUUAAGAGAUAUCAAGGAAAUUUUAGAUUUUUUUUGCACAUAUGGAAUAAUUUUGUUAAUAAUUUUUGAAGGGAUAACAGAUGGCGGAAUUUCUUAAUGAUAAAUCUGAAAAGAAAAAGGAACGAGAUCCUAAUGCUCCAAAGAGACCUUUAACUGCUUUUUUCUUAUUUAGCUAAAAAUAUCGCGAAAAGGUUUUAGAAAGAAAUCCGGGUAUUGAUUAGAGUGAUUUUAUUUAGAAGUAAAACUGACCUAAAUUUCAUAAAUGGCUGGAUAAAAAUGGAAUUCAAUGAGUGAAGAAGAGAAAUAGGUAAAAAAUUAAUAAGAGUAUUUAGCCAUAUAUUGAUUAAUAUAAUGAAGCAAAAAAUAAAUAUGAAGAAGAGAUUAAAGAUUAUAAUGAAAAACAGGGUGUUUCAAAUAAUGAUAAAAAGAGAAAGAAAUCAGAAAAAGUAUUUAAAACAGAAUGAAUAUUAGUAUGAUGACAAAUCUGUUAAAUCAGGAUAAGAUUAUCCUUUAGAUGAUAUUGAUUCUGAAUCAAUUUAACCAUGUGUAAAACAUCAACAAUAACUAAAAUAAUAAUAAUAAUAAUAGUAAUAGUAAUAGUAAGAAGAAAAGAAGAAAAUAAAUUAAAAUGUAAUCUCUGAUGAUGAUGAUGACGAUGAACAAAUAUAACAAUAGAUGUAAUCAAAACCAUAACCAUAAAAAGUGAAAGUCAUUAAACCCAAAAAUAAGUAAGAUAUGGAUGAUGAUCUAUAAAGGGAGAUAAUCCAAAUAAUAAAUAAUGACAAAUCAAUAAAAAAAUCAACAAAAAAAUGA